AUGUCUUCUCGGAUCCUGGAGAACGAAUCCGCUUCUCCGAUCAAAAAGCUUAAAUCCGGUUCAAAUAUGUCGGCGUAUAGUUCCGAUUAUGUUGAAACCUCUGAAUCAUCUGAUUCAGAAAGUGAGGAGGAUAGCGGAACCGAUUCAAAUUAUGAAGAGCCUCUGCCAAAGAAAAAGAAACUGGUCAGAAUGAUGAAAACACUCAAAAAUCAUCAAGAAGAUCAAGAAGAAUUAUCCGGAAAUAAAGAUGGAAACUCCCAAGAAGUAAAGAAAAUGCCGAUGAAAAGAAAAAUAGCGGAAGUUCUACUCACAAAAAAUAAAACAAUUAAUCGAUUUCUGAAAUACCGACAAAAGAAAGAUCAAAACAAUGAAAAAUAUGUUAAGAUCAACAAAGAAAUCAGUAAAAAGUUAGAAGAAGAGUUCAAAAUAAAUCCGAAUCCAACAACGGAAAGAAAAAAAGAAAUCGCAGAGGCCAACAAGUUGGGAUUACGAGCAGUUUCCAACUGGUUCUUGAAAACAAGGCGUGAAGUUGAAAAUCCCGAGAAGUGGAAAGAAUUGAAUGAAAAGAAACGAAUUUCGGAUCGUGGGCGUCAUAGGAGAAAAAAAGCUGAGAAAAAGAAACUGAUCAAAAAGAUGAAAACACUCCAAAAUCAUCAAGAAGAUCAAGAAGAAUUAUCCGGAAAUAAAGAUGGAAACUCCCAAGAAGUAAAGAAAAUGCCGAUGAAAAGAAAAAUAGCGGAAGUUCUACUCACAAAAAAUAAAACAAUUAAUCGAUUUCUGAAAUACCGACAAAAGAAAGAUCAAAACAAUGAAAAAUAUGUUAAGAUCAACAAAGAAAUCAGUAAAAAGUUAGAAGAAGAGUUUGAAAUCAACCCAAAUCCAACAACGGAAAGAAAAAAAGAAAUUGCGGAGGCCAACAAGUUGAAACUACAAUCAGUUUCCCACUGGUUCGUAACCAAAAGGGAUCGACUUAAAAAUCCCGAGAAAUGGGAUAAAAUUAAUGAAAAGAAACGAAUUAUGGGACGUGAACAACGCAGGAAAAUGAAAGCUCAAAAUCAGGCUCUUGGUUACUUCCGGAUGAGAAGAAAUAUGGACAGAAAAAGAAUAAAGAAGGUCCCUGAAGAGAAAGAUGUCCCAGAGUUUAAAGGAGUGUGGAUACGCCGACAGAAAGAACAGGUCAUCAACCAAGAAGAAGCCAGUGAUGAAUCAGAUGAAUCAGAUGACAAUUCAGAUGAUUCAGACGAUUCAGAAGACAUGGACAUGCACAAUUCUGGUUCAGAGAAUUUCGAUUCGGAUGAGUCUUUCACGAAUUCAGAUGAAUGGGACAGCGACGAUGAUGAUAAAGUCGAUGAAUUCGUGAAGAGGGAGCCUAAAGAAGAACCAGAAGAUGAGUGA